AUGGAGAUGAAGCUCAUGACCGGUCUUGCUAUCAUCACCGCACUCCUCAUGCACCACCUCUCGCUCGCCAUUGCCGACCACACAAGAGGGUUCAAUGCUACCUCGGCCGGUUUUAGCCUCCGGCUGGUCUCUAACCAUGAGGUCCCUGGCCACACUAUCCGUCGCGGCAGUGACGGCUUCUUGUAUUUGCAGCAGCACAGCCUCAGCGCCUCGGUGGCAAACGUCACCACCCUACGCCCGGAGACGCGAUACAACGUGGUCGUCUUUGUUGGCACCGGCAAUGGGAAACGGGAGAUCAUCCUCAAGCUCGACACCUCGAGCAGCCUGACAUGGCUGCAGUGCCAUCCGUGCGCGCCGCAGGCCCCGCAGUUCAACCCCGUGUUCGACCCGUCCGCCUCGCCGACCUUCCGUUACGUUGACGGCACGAGCCAGAUAUGCCAACCGCCGUUCCAGCACGACCCCGCCGGGGGACUGUGCGCCUUCCACCUCGCUGGCGCGGGGGCCAUGUCUGUCCACGGCUACGUCUCCCUCGAUCACUUCACCAGGAAGGAUGGCGAUGUGUUGACGGACUACCCCUUCGGCUGCUCCCACUCGACCGAGAACUUCCACAGCAAGGGCAUAUACGCCGGCGUCGUUGCCAUCGGCAGGGCGCCGACCUCAUUCGUGAUGCAGGUUGCGGCGCGCGGGCUGACGCACUUCUCCUACUGCCUCUUCGGGGAAACGAACCGCCAGGGCUUCCUCCGGUUUGGCACCAAUGUCCCACGCAACCCGUGGUACCGGACCACCAGGAUCCUGCCGGCGCUCGACGCGCACGAGUCGGCGUACUACGUCAGCCUCGUCGGCGUCAGCCUAGGCACGCGUAGACUCGACAACAUUCGCCCGGAGAUGUUCGCCCGCCGCAAGGACGGGCAAGGCGGCUCCGUGAUUGACCCCGGCACGCCGCUGACGGUGAUGGUCCACGAGGCGUACCGCAUCGUCGAGGAGGCCGUACUGUCGGACCUUGAGCGCCACGGGGCGGAGCGAGUGCAGCGGCCCAUCUACGGCCUCUGUGUUCAAGCGACGGAGGCGAUCAAGGGGCGCCUCCCGUCCCUGUCGCUUCACUUCGCCGAGGAGGAAGUGACGCUGGUAGUCUCGCCAAAGCAGUUGUUCCUGAUGAUGGAUGACAAACAGGCAGGGCAGAUCGCGUGCCUCGCCAUGACGCCGGGACUUCGUACUGUCAUCGGCGCGCUGCAGCAGGUGGAUACGCGGUUUGUCUAUGACCUCAAGGAUGCCAAGCUUUCCUUUGCACAAGAGUCGUGCACCCGGGAAACCACCCAAGUACUUUAA